AUGUGUAAAGUAUUUUGGAUGUGCCUCCAGAAAAAACUAGAUCUCGCUCCAGUGUCACUCGUGGGCGACACUGGAUACAUUUCAAACACGCUCUACUUGGGGCUGCAGAAGAGAAAACUCAUCAAGGCAAAGCAGAGCUUCUUCGAGCACAACGGUGGCGUCAUCCUACAGCGGCAGAUGCGUUCCUACAGUGGCGCUGCCGCGGGAGGCGGCGGCGGUUUCAAGAUAUUCUCGGAAGAGGAGCUCAAGAAGGUGACAAACAACUUCACUGCCGAUCAAAUCCUUGGUCGCGGUGGCCAUGGCAUCGUCUAUAGAGGUGUUCUGGAGGACAAAACCAUAGUGGCCAUCAAAAAGUCCAAGAUGAUGGAGGCGACUGAGACCAAGGAGUUUGCGAGGGAGAUGCUCAUCCUCUCCCAGAUCAACCAUCGGAACGUCGUCAAGCUGCACGGUUGCUUCCUCGAGGUGGAGGUGUCGAUGCUUGUCUAUGAGUAUGUCUCCAACGGAACUCUCUACCACUACAUCCAUGGCGGCGAGGGCCUCGACACCAACAAGGCACUCGACACCCGCCUUCGGAUAGCAGCAGAGUCUGCCGAGGCCCUGUCAUAUAUGCACUCGUCGGCCUCGCCCCCAAUCCUCCAUGGCGAUGUCAAGACUGCUAGCAUCCUACUCGACGGCACCCUCACCGCCAAAGUCUCUGACUUCGGGGCGUCGAAGCUACAACCAAGUGAUGAGGCUGAGAUUGCAACACUGGUGCAAGGAACCUGCGGGUAUCUGGACCCGGAGUACCUCAUGACAUGCCAGCUGACAGACAAGAGUGACGUCUAUAGCUUUGGUGUUGUUCUGCUCGAACUCUUGACAAGGAAGAAGGUGUUGUGCUUUGAUGGGCCAGAGGAGGACAGGAGCCUUGUGUCCCGAUUCACGACGGUUGUGAAAGCCGACCAGCACGACAAGCUCCUUGAUGACCAGGUGAGAACAGAGAUGGGCCCAGAGGCGUUGGAAGAAGUAACGCACCUUGUGAUGCAUUGUGUAGGCAUGAUCAGGGAGGAGCGUCCAUCAAUGAAGCAAGUUGCUGAGAAACUGGAGGCUCUGAGGAGGUACCACAGACACCCAUGGGGCCAGGCUGGUGCCGAUCCGGAGGAGGGGCAAAGCUUGCUUGGCGAAGAGCAACAACAUGAUACAUUCAGACCGCAAGAUGUUCUUGAUCUUGAAGAGGGUAGUACAUAUAUUUUUAGCUUGUAG